CCGGGAACACCCGCUUGAAGGCCCAUGUGACACCCCCUGGCCCCGCGCUCCGGCCCAGCAGCGCCCCGGGCCCGCCAAUGGGAUCGCGGGGGCUGACCGGGACAGUGAGGACCCGGAGCGGCCUCCUAUAAAGCUUUCCCGAGAAUGUCCUGGAGCGAUAUCCUGUACCCAGACAACCCGGUGAGGCGGGAGAGGGUGGCGCGGUUACACCAGGAGCUGAUCAACUGCAUAGAGCUCAAUUUUGAUACCACCAAUGAGCUGAUUGAAGCCUUAAACACACACUGUCAGUUCAAGCUGCACCGCAUUAAGAUGAACAUGAACGGCACCAUCCGGGAGAACUGCGACAUACUCCUCGCAGCCAUAAAGUCCAUCCAAGACAUUCUGCAGGCCAUCGACAAAAGACUGAAGAGAGAACUGGAGCCAGAUCUCUACCGAAAGCUUCACGAUUUCCAGGAGCCUGAUGCCACGAAGAUGCAGAUUCUGCGCAAUGUGGCCACAGUGGUGAGCGGCCUCGCUGGGACCGUGGCCAUGGGGUUCUUCAUCAAGCUGGCGUUAUCGCAGGUGGUGGUCAUAGUCCUGAGCCAAACUGCCAUGGUCUUGUCCAUUAUCGGUGCCUCCUUGAUUGGUGCUGUGGCUGGCAUGAUAGUGGGCGUGGGAAUUGACUUGAUUCUCAGCGCGAUCCUGGGCGCCAUAGAGAGAGACCAACUGGAGGCGAAGAUUCAGGAGCUCAGUGAGCUGGUGAGUGAGUUCAAGCCAGCCUCCAAGGAGUAUAACAAAGCCAUUAUGAAGAUCAUCUGCAAGCUGCCAUAGCCGGAGGAGAAUCACCUGCUCAGAGGACUCCAGACCAAGCUGCAAGUUACCAUUAUUUGUGAAAAUAAGGCAGUGGGGAUCAGAUCCCAUCUACCAUGACUUAGCCCAGCAACAUUAAAGCCAGCACAAUAAAUGAUAUCUAGCUCUUACA